AUGUUUUGUAUUUUUUUGUCAUUUCAGCUCCAUCCACUGGGUUUGUGCAACACAAAUGAUUAUGAUGAACUGUAUCAGUUUGGUUGGGUUGGUGUGGUUAAACUUGAGAAACCAGAAUUGGAACCAGAACCCUGUCUUUCAAUUUUUGAUAAGGCAGGGAGAGCAUUACAAAGGGGUGCAACUGCUGUAAUAUUUGAUAUCUCAGAUAAUCUGGAGGUUGCUCAAACAUUACAGAAGUCCAGUUUAACUCACAGUCGUCCAGUGAUAUUAGUACGAGGUCUUGACGCUAAUCGCUUGAUGAAAAUUGUUAACACACAGGAUGAAGCUCGUAUUCGGAUUAUUUAUAAUUCUCAGGAUGCCACUCAGGAUAAUGUUGAGGUUGGUGGAAAGUCUUUCUGUUAA